AUGCUUCUCGAUUGCAAUCUUUGCCUCGCCAAGCACUCUACGUCUCUACCUUCGAUCAUUGGAGUGUUGCUCGAGAACGGAGCUGAUGUGAACGACGUUUACUCUAUUGCCGCCAGCGAGAGAUUGGUGUCGGCGGCGGCGAGAGAUGGUGAUUUCGUUGAGGCGAAGAUGCUUCUCGAUUGCAAUCUUUGCCUCGCCAAGCACUCUACGUCUCUACCUUCGGUGGCGCCGCCGCUGAAGGACAAACGAG